GAAAAUCUUUAUUUAAAAAAAACACACCUCACCACCCAGGCAGGAGGAUUCCCCUCCAAGCCCUGCUCAGAACCUUCCAGCAGGUGGCGCUGCCUCCGCCGCCUUCCGAUCACAAACUCUCCUCCCGCUUGGCUCAGCCUGCUAGGAAAUGACCUAAGAGGAAACCCUCCGGUUUGCAAGCAAUGGAAAGAAUUCGUCUUCCAGGAGUCUCCGCCUGACACCAAAAGCGGGUGAAAAGUAAGGGAGAGCAGCAGCAGCUGGGCGAUUUUUUUAAAAAAAAAAUUGUUGUUUUUAUUUUGCUGGUGGCGGGUCGAAUUCGUGCAGGAUGCCAAUCCUGCAUUUGCAUUCCAUGCUUGAGUUGCUGCCUUUCCUGCUUCUGCUGCUGUUCUUCAUGGCUGUGGGCUUUUUCCUGAUCUACCUCCACCGACCCGAACCAGAAACCAAAAAGAAUUAGGGUGAGGGUAGCGGGCUGGGCUCGGCUGGGCUGGGCUGGGCGGGCUGCUGUUCCCUCGUAAAGAUGCACCUCACUCCAGUCCUGAAAGUGGAGGCACAAAAAAAACAAAGCAGUUACCACUAAUUCAGCUGCUCCCCUUAUCUAUCGCCACUGAAGGAGGGAAAGAGAUGGGGGACACAGGCAAAGAAGAAUAUAAAAUACAUUCGUUCGAUACAGAGAUUCAGCAGCUACUCAAAACAGCCCUCAAAGACCCCAGCAGUGUAGAUCUGGAGAAGGUCGCCAACGUAAUUGUGGACCAGUCCCUCAAAGACUCUGUGUUCAGCAAAGAGGCCGGGCGCAUCUGCUACACCAUCAUCCAGGCGGAGAGCAAACAGGUGGGCCAGAGUGUCUUUCGGCGGGGGCUCCUCAACCGACUUCAGCAGGAGUAUAAAGACCGGGAUGAACUGCGAGCCCGGUCGCUCCAGGCCUGGAUCUGCUAUGUCACUUUUAUCUGUAACAUCUUUGACUACCUGAGGGUCAACAACAUGCCUAUGAUGGCACUGGUGAACCCAGUUUACGAUUGCCUGUUCCGACUGGCGCAGCCAGAGAGCCUGCGGAAAGAGGAAGAGGUGGACUGUCUGGUGUUGCAGCUACACCGCAUUGGUGAACAGCUUGAGAAGAUGAACACCCAGAGGAUGGAUGAGCUUUUUUCCCUCCUGCGAGACGGUUUCCUCCUGCAGGAGGGCCUUACCUCCCUUUCCCAGCUACUCUUGCUUGAGAUCAUUGAGUUCCGGGCCGCCGACUGGAAAAUGACAGACGCGGCCCAGAAGUACUAUUACAGUGAGGUCGCAGAUUGAGCAGGCAGUUGCUCACCCUGGGUCAUGCUGCCCAAAGCCAGAGUUUGAAUUUCCACUCUGAACCUUUGCACCAGCAAACUUCACACAACAACAAAGAAUAGCUGCAAUUAUUUUUAAUACUUCCCUCCCCCACCCGAACCCUAGCACUUUUUGUAUAUAGAAUGUAUAACUUGCUCCCUCAAUAGAUCUUUUGCGCUGGAGCUGGGAGAGGAAAAAGGGUCGCAUUCUGCCACUGCCGCUCCCAUCAUGUUGCACUAAAUAGGAAGCUGUAUUAAUCAUUGCCGCAAGCUGGACUGACAUUUGACACAGGGUAGUUCUCUCUGAGAAGUUUACUUGUAUAUGCUAAUUUUAAUGUAUGCAGCCUUAAAACAAAAAAGGCUGUGGUUUAAAACCAGCCGGGGGAUAACCUUAUUUACUCCAAAAGCACACUAAGCCUAAGAAUCUGUCUCCCUCUGCAGCACGUACAUGUGGCAGUUGGUUAUUUUAUGCUCUGUUCCAUAGCUGUUCUGUUUGCCCUUUGGUUGAGAAGGCAAUUCUCUAAUCAAAGCCCAAGCAUGGCAUUUCAAUUUCCUGCCUUGUAAACCCAUUUUGGAUGCUUUCAGGAGCCUCAUUUGCUCUCUGUUUACAUGCAGUCACUAUGAGGCACGAGGGAUAUCAGAAACUUUACCACUGUUCUGAAAUCAAAGAAAGGUGGCUCGUUCAGGUACUAGUUCCUCUAUUAACAACCUACAACAAAGACUUUCUCCUUUUUUUGUCCUACUCCUUACUUCAGUUUUGUUUUUUUAAGGCAGAUUUUUCACUUCUAGCAUGCAUGCAAGGGUGGAAAUACUUUUGUGACCGAUUAGUAUUAAAAAACAGUAUGCAUUGUUCCCGCAAACAAUGGUGCAAUUUGAAAAGUGGGGGGCUGCUUUCCCUUUCCUUUGUCAUAGGAAAAUAAUACACCUGGAAGCGACAAUUCUAGGUGUAUAACACCAAUUUCAUUGAUAGGUGGUUCAGAACUGGACUGCUUUAAAAUGCUUUCUGAUGCAGGUAGACGACCCUUCCCUGAACACACAAAAGUAGCAUGGCAGGGCAAGGCUGGAAGCCUUCUCUUUGCCAUGCUAGCCUUGCAAAAGCAAGGUGGUUUUUUUUGAAGAAGAACAUUCAGUCAUGUCACCCCCAACCGGCAGUCUGAAAUGAGACAACCCCAGGAGGCCUUUCCUGGGUUGGUUGUUUCUCACUUAGCGUGGAAGUACAUGCUAUCAAAAUCAAGGGGCCUUCAUUUCCUAGAAAAUAUAUUUAGGAAUGGGAGAGGGGAAAUCUUUCUCUCUGCUUAUUGGCUGCAUAAUAACAGCCCUGUUAAAUUUGCUUAGGGUUUUAGAUUCUUGAAGAGGUUACGUAAUACUACAACCCAGGGUCACCCAAAGAAGCUGGUGGGAGAGGCAGGACAGUCAAACGGAAGGCUUCCUUCACGCAGUACAUAAAUUAUGGAAUUCCCAAUCCAAAGAUGUGCCAGCUUGGGUGUACUUAAGAAGGGAUUAGACUCAUUUGAUAAAGCUGUCAUGGUUAGUAGCCAUGAUGCCUAUUUAUUGCCUCUCAAUACCAAUUGCUGAGGAAUACAAGAGGGAAGAGUACCGUCAUGCUCAUUUGCUGCUUAUGGGCUUUGCAUAGGCAGCCUAUCUGGACUGGAUAGGAUUGUGAUUUGAACCAACAGGGCUCUUAUUAUGUACACAAUGCUCUCCUGAGGUCAGGGGACAAAUUCAUGACUGUGGUGUGGCUUUGUCACAAGAGUAUUGUAAAGAUUGGUGCCCAGUUCUUGGCUCCAUGUCUGCUGCUUAAUAGUUUUGAAACAACAUGCUAGGGUCCAUACCCUGACACUUAAGCAGCACUUUCUUUUUUAACAGGAUGCUUUCAUGAGUAUAUUGAUUCUUCCAUAGCUGCAGGAGGAUGCCCAAUUGCUUUCUAACCUGCAGCCCCCAAUAAGCUCUUAACUCCUUUCUUCCCAACUGCUGGCCAGCUCAGGUGUAGCUAACAGCUAAAGGCAGUGCCUUCUCCCUGCAGCAGGUGUGAAGCCAACAGUGUUCGAAAGCCUCACUCCGCAGCAGAAUUAUUCCCUUGGGAACAUGUAGCUAGAAACUGAUUUUAUAACUUUUAUACAACAGCCACUUUGAACAACAGUAUUGUACAUUUGUUAAGAUUGGUUCUCUUUGGAACUUUUAAAAAUAAACAUUUUACACUUCUGCAUAUAGUCUCUUGUUGUGAUCCAUCAAACAGAAAGCUGUUUAAAAGCAGAGUUAUAAUCACUUGCGUAGUUGCUUAUGGCAAACAAGAAUUGUCUCUAGGUGACAAGGCAGAGGUUUUAUCAAAGUUGGUUCUUUCGCUUUCUUUUUUCUAGGUCAGAAUAUGUAUUAUGGAGUCAGGGGAGAUAGUAAAAAAUAAAAGGGAGGGAGCUAAGUUUUGUGAAUUUAUUUGCAAGGAUGCUUUAUGAUGUAUACAGAGGCUAUUCUUUGGAAAUGGCUUCCUCUAAGGGCUGUUCUCUCAUGUAUGUUCCUUAUUUGAUGACUGCAACAUCAAAUGAUGGCUCACAUAAUUCAAUGGGCCAUCUUAGGUAAGAUACUGCAAAUAAAACUUUUCAGCAUGUGACGAAUAGGCAUGUGUGAAUCAAGCCAAAGGAAAGCUAUUCAUACAGCAUAUUGAAGUUAAGCAUACUUUAAGUGAGAUCAAUUUUAACCUAGUCGUUCAUUCAUUCUCACAUGCCAGUGUCGACUAACCAAUGGCACAAAGGCACUGUAGAGAAAGACCAUUCACGAGACAUACAAGGAGAAGACCAGGAUGUAGUUUCAAUCUUUUACAGCUAUUAAUUUUCAGCCUGGUUCUACUUUGGCCUAGCACGCUGCUAAAAGCCACUGCUGAGGAGUACAGAAUUGUAACCUCUUUUACAAUCCCUCUGAAGACUGCUUUGAUGCUAACUAGGUCAUUCUGUGUUGUGAACAAAACCCUCCGUCUCAAAAGAGACUAGAGAAACCAA